AUGGCCUCCCUCGUCGCACGCCGGAAGCGCAGGGACCCUCAUGCGAGAAGCGUCACCCUCCCGCCGGGGCCGAAGGCCGCCCUCGCGCCGACGCAGCGGGCGCGAGGGUUGUUCUGCCUUAUAGUCAAGCUGGAGGGCGGCUUUCCGCAUGAGGAGGAGUCGGACCGGCUCCAGAGGGUGGUCAGUUCUCUCCAGGACGAGGAAGUGAAGACGGAGGCCAAGACCGAGACCAACGCGAACGCUGGAGCCAAGGCUAAAGCCAAGGCCAAGGCGACGACGAUCGAAGCGGAAGAGGUGCAGAAGAGCACCGGCAAGCCUGACCAGGCGGAGGAGGCCGCGGAGCCCAACGCUGCCGAGGGCACGAAGGACGAGGAAGUGAAGACGGACGCCAAGACCGAGACCAACGCGAACGCUAGAGCCAAGGCUAAAGCCAAGGCCAAGGCGACGACGAUCGAAGCGGAAGAGGUGCAGAAGAGCACCGACAAGCCUGACCAGGCGGAGGAGGCCGCGGAGCCCAACGCUGCCGAGGGCACGAAGGACGCGAGCGAGCCGAGCUCGUCGGAGGCUGGGUCGGGGCUGGCGGCCCUCCUGCUCGGGCCGGCAGCGUUGCCCAAGGAGACGGCCGAGCACCCGCAGGGCGAGCAGCAGGAGAGCGAGGCCGAGGGGAUGACCCUAGACGCCGACGCCGACAUCGACGAGGAGGCGCUGGCAAAGGACGGGCAGAAGGGCGAGAUGCGCCUCCAGGUAAUGCAGGACUCGGCCAGGUCACGCAGGGAGCUGAUGGCCAUGCGCAGGCGCGUCUACCUGGGGAAGCUGGAGAAGACGAGCGGCGGCCUGACGAGGGACGACCUGAUCAUGAACAAGAGGGGCCAGGUGGUGUCCAAGAAGAGGAAUAAAGCGGGCCUUGAGGCAUACAAGAAGUACCUGAAGGCCUGGGUCGACGCUGUCCAGGCAGCGAGGGCAUCCCUGAACGUCACCGGCUUCCAGGCAGUGGGUGGGCAGACUGAAGCGGGGCAGCGGCUUCUGGAGAAAGCCCGGGCCGUGUACGCGGAGAUUUCGAAGCUUGGGGAAAAGAAGACGCUCUCUCUGGUCUCGCAGGGUGGGUGGGGCGCUGGCAAGGGCAAGGCCUUUCAGCUGCAGCUGCAACUCUUCAGCGCCCGUAAGGUGUAG